AUGGCGGGGAAGAGGGAACAAUUCAACUCACCUGCUCUCCACAGCCCAAAAGUAGCUCGGUUGAACCACUUGGUGGAAGCUCCUGGAGCGGACACUUCCGGAAUCCGACUUCCGACGGCGUUAUACAAAUGGCGAUUCGCGGAAUACAAAAAGACCUCUGCGGAAAACAGCACCACGAUCCGGAGGCCAGUGCCAACAAGGCCGCUCAACGCGGGGAGACAAACUUGUCGGUUCACUCAGAAGCGGCGGUGUCAACGACACCAGGUGCGGUUCCAGAACAGCAAAAUGGCUCACGAUCUCACGGGCCAAAUUUGCUGCAACACUUGA